AUGGUCAAUUACACCUUUCCGUCAUUCGAGGACCUUCCAAAGGUCUCGGGAACACCACAAGGGUGUGUCUGGGGCUUCUACGAUCAAGAUGGGAAGAAAGACGAGAUUGGAGCCGUAAAUCUGCUCACCGAAGAGAUCGUACUAGCGGCAAAAGAGGAGAUUGAGAUUGGUCGUUCAAUCCAGCUGGACUGGCCACUGCACAAUCUUGAAUUUCCAGGUUUCGGGAGAAGGAAGCUGGAGCAUAAAGUCAUUGAUUUGACGCAUAGUCUGAGCAACUGUGGUUUCGAUGACGAGAUCCAUGUCAACACACAAUGCGGUAGUCAAUGGGAUAGCUUAAAGCAUGUCAGAUUCUACGAAAAACGAGACGGCCAAGCUCCUGAUGCCUGGACAACUCACCAGAUUCCAGUGGCCGACGUCAAGGCAGCCUUGAGCGAACAGUCCACGCACCCGAAGCAAGGUGAUAUUCUCAUGCUCCGUACCGGCUACGUCCGUCAGCACAAUCAGGCCACGGCAGAACAGAGGAAACAAGGCACCUGCGACCGCUCCACCGCAAUCGGGCUGCAAGCAAACGAAGAGACGAUUCGAUGGCUCUACUCACAGCAUUUCUCUGCUCACGUCGCAGACAGUGUGGCUUUUGAGGCUUGGCCUCCAGCGCCGGACAAUGACUACAUCAUCCACGAAUGGUCGCUCGUAUGGUGGGGAGCACCGCUCGGCGAGAUGUGGAAUCUCGAGGAGUUGGCUGCAGAGUGCGCUUGGUUGAAGCGGUGGACAUUCUUUUUGACGAGUGCUCCACUGCAUGUUCGUGGUGGUGUCGGCAGUCCACCUGGAGCGAUUGCUAUAUUCUAG